GGUGUUCAGACAGGCUCCUCGUGUGUGAGUCGCUCCUCGCCAGCUACAGUCCUCCUCACACAUGCAGCCUCCUCAGCAGCAGGCCUGCCUGGCUCGUCCACCACCGACACCGACAACUUUUCCCACAGGGAGAAAGAGACCCGCAGUGCCCGCGAGCUGGUUGGGUAUAACGUUGAUUCAAUAGACGUCACACCCUGCUGCUACUGAUACUGGAAAAAUGGCGACCAGUCUACUGCGGCUCCCACUGCGACUCUCUACCAAAAACAUGGGAAUGUUGAGUCGAAACACCGGCUCGAAAACAUCAAACAUAUCCAGGACAACGCAGAGCCGGACUGCAGUAUCAACGCCGUCGGGGGCAAUCUUACCGAAACCGGAUAAAACACCCUUUGGUCUCACCCGCCUGACAGUGGUGGUGGUGCCCUUCCUGUAUGUGGGAACUCUGAUAAGCAAGAACUUCGCUGCUCUCCUUGAGGAGCAUGACAUUUUUGUCCCUGAGGAUGAUGACGAUGAUGACUGAGCUAGCUUCAGAAAUAAUCACCCAAGGGUGCUGUGUGAUAUGGACUGAAAGCAUACCAGCCAGUGAAAGGAAGACAGGGAAGAAUGGGCAAUGUGACUUCCACAUGUAUCCAACCCCAGCUUCUACCUCUCCCUUUUGCUAUUUAUGUUUACACUGAUUCAGUUUUUUAAAAUAUCAUAUCAUGUGAGGCUAUCAAAUGACUACUUAUGCCUUCACUCUUGUUUGCAUGUUUGCAUUUGUCAACUGAAUAAAGUGAGUCAAAUAAACACAAAGAAACA